AUGGCGUGUAAAUUACCGGGUAACACCACCGUGUCCGUUAAGAGCAUCCUGAGAAAGUGUGCGGUCAUGCUGGUGUCCCUGCUCGCCUCCUUCUACCUGCUCCAGAGCCUGAGACAGCUCGGCGGCUCCUCGGUGCGCUCUCCGGACGCGUCGGUGUCCGCGUCGGUGUCCGCGUCGGAGCUCGUCGAGGCGUCGGAGGCGCCGCUGCGGACGAAGCGCGUGCUCCACAGGUGGACCGUCGGUUCGGUUGCUAGGCAGCGCUUCGAAGGCGGCGCACCUGGCGCACAUGGAUCAGCGUCCACGAAGCUCCGACCGCUCGGAGACGGGACCAAGCGGCUGCCUCAGGCUAUCAUCGUGGGCGUGAAGAAAGGCGGCACGCGAGCGCUGCUCGAGUUUCUCCGCGUGCACCCGGACGUGAGGGCGGCGGGAGCCGAGCCGCACUUUUUCGACCGUUUCUAUGACAACGGAUUGGAGUGGUACAGAGACCUGAUGCCCAAGACCCUGGAUGGUCAGAUCACCAUGGAGAAGACGCCCAGCUACUUUGUGACUCGUGAAGCUCCAGCUCGGAUCUACUCCAUGUCACGGUCCACCAAGCUCAUCGUGGUGGUGAGGGAUCCAGUCACCAGGGCCAUCUCAGACUACACACAGACACUGUCCAAAAGGCCAGACAUUCCCUCCUUUGAGAGCCUGACGUUCAAAAACAGGACUACAGGCCUUAUCGACACCUCAUGGAGCGCCAUCCAGAUCGGCAUCUACGCCAAGCACCUAGACAACUGGCUCCAGUUCUUCCCCAUGCGUCAGAUCCUGUUUGUGAGCGGCGAACGGCUGAUCAGUGACCCAGCUGGAGAGCUCGGCCGAGUGCAGGACUUCCUGGGCCUCAAGCGGAUCAUCACCGACAAACACUUCUACUUCAAUCAGACCAAGGGCUUUCCAUGCCUGAAGAAGGCUGAAGGAAGCAGCAAGCCUCACUGUCUGGGCAAAACCAAAGGCCGACCACACCCCAACAUCAAUCCCGCGGUGGUGCAGAGGUUACGAGACUUCUAUCGGCCCUUUAAUAUGAAGUUCUACCAGAUGACUGGAAGGAUAUUUGGUUGGGAUGAUUGAUUUUUGUGAAGUGUGAGGAAAGACCACACACUAUGAUUGCUUGCAGUUCCACUCAGUACAAGAAAUACACCAAUAUAGAAAUUAGUUGACCCUUAUGUUCUAUUCAGCUCAAAAUGUGUCUAUUAUGCAUUGAUAAUAUUUUAAUUUAUGUAUCCGUCCUACACUUUUAUCCAAACAGAGGGUCCAAUAGUGGCAGUAUGGUGAUCCCAGUCAUUAACACAGAACCUUAAUCAAUAAAACACCACUGCCCCUCAUGCAUUUGCCUCAGUUUCAGUAACGAGUAGGUAACACCAUUUGAAAAAUUCUGUUUGGAUGAAAAUGACAAAACAAUUUGGAUCACUUACGACUUAAACACUAUAAUGGGUGUAAGAAAGUAAGAAGGUGAAGUAAAAGUGUUAAACGUGCCUGUCCUUUAUCAUUUUAGUCACUUUCAUAUUUCUUUCCUGUCAUAUUAAUAUUCCCUCUUGUGCACACCAACCAGCCAUCAGAAGGUUUCCCUUGAAGCGCUCUUGGGAAAAUGGAUUUCUCAGAGGUUCUUUGGAUCGUUUGGAGAGUUUGGAUAGAGGACCCUUAGCUUCCUAAAUAGGAUCUAUGUAGAACCUUAUUUAAAGGGAACCCUCCAUUGUAGGAUUUUACUUGCAACAAAAGCUUGAGGAACAGACCAAAUUUUAAGGGUGCUAGAUGGAAACGUUUUAAAACUUGUAUGUGUGUAUGGUAUAUGGUAAUGUUGUAUUAUAGGAAAUAAUUGAGAUUAAUGUAUAUUGGAUGUUUAAUUAAUUUUUUUUGUUAUUAAUUUCUAAUUAAUGUCUAAUGAAUUUUUACAAUUUUAUAUGUAUAAAAGUUAAAAAGAUGGUCUGGGUGAAUGGGACAUCCGAUGAACAGAACAUGUGGGUUAAGUGUAUAUUCUUGAUCACAUCAGCAACAGAGACCUAUGCAAUUCUUUAUUAACGUCCAGUCCAGAUUAUCCAGAUGUGCUGUAGGUGAGGAUGUCGUUUUACUCCAGAGGUUCUCAACUCGAGCCCUGGACAGCCCAUGCCCUCACAGCUGAAGUUCUCCCUAACCUCAACACCCUUGGUGGCUCAUUAUGGACAUAACACCCAGGAACAUUCGCAUGAAGCAGGAAUGACAUUGGAGAAAACCAGAAAACCCAGAGUAAACCCACAUGGACAUGGGGAAAACAUGGAAACUCCAUUCCCAGGGUGAAAAAUUGUGCAUGUCAGUGGGUCCUCCGCACUGAUGUUCAGAACCUCUGGUUAACUCUAAUGCACUGAAACAUCAUCAGCGCUUUGAUCCUUUCGGAUUUUGUCAAAUUUCUGGAUUUCCAUAGAGCUAUGCAUCAUUUCCCAUGAACAAUUAUGGAAAAAAAAAAAAAAAGUGUUCAAUACAAUUUUACCAUAAUUUUAUUAACUACCAAGCUGCUUGUAAAGAUUUGCAAUAAAACAAGAUCAAAAGAAUAUAAUCAAAAACUAUUUUAAAAAUAUAUUUAUUUUCAAAAAAGAAAACAUGUAAGCCCAGCAGUAUAGAUAUUUUUAAUAAUCCGCUCUGAGGUCUGUCCUCAACGGUUGAGUUUUGAGUGCGGAAUGUUACCUGAUCGUUUUAUUUUGUACCUUACAACACACAUCUUUCUCACCUGAAUCUGAAUUCUGUAUCAUGGUCUAUAUGGGCCAAAUAUUUGUUUCUCUCACUUUCCUUUACACUCCGUACCAUAUUUCUCAUUUCACAGUUGGUGCAGUUUCUGAGUUAUUUGUUUUUAAUGCCAAUGACGUGUGUGUGUGUGUGUGUGUGUGUGUGUUGUUGUUGUUGAACAUGGUCUCACUCUGAUGGUUUGUGUUGCACCGAACAAGCCCACAUUGUUUCUGUUGUAUUAUUUCUCAUCGCGUCACACACGAUGCUGCUGUGGGUUGUGAAUGAAUGUGUGUGUGUGUGUGUGUGUGUGUGUGUGUGUGUGUCAUAAACUUACAGUGCCUCAAGGGAGCACUCACUCAUUCUGCAACCUUUUCAAUGACAAUUUCGAGAGAGCAAUGCAAGUGAAAUUUUUCUUUGCAAUAUUAUCAAUCAUGUGUUGCUGUUUUUUUUUUUUGCUGGUUUAAUUUAAACU